AAAUCUAUUAAAAAAAAUAAUUUUUCAGGUGAAUAUAGUUUUAGUAAAAACGUACACAAAUCUGAAAGAAAAAAAUACGAAAAAUAUGGAUCAAUUGUUUGUGAAGAAGUCGUACCAGGAGUUAAAAGAGUAUCAUUAUUUAGACCAGAAGAUAUUGCCCAUGUUUAUCAAAGUGAAUUUGGAAAAAUUCCAAAUCAUAGUAAUAGUGUUGCUGCAAUUGGUAAAUACAGAAAAGACAAUAGUGCUGUAUUUAAAUCAGGUGGUGUUCUACUUGAAAAUGACGAGGAAUGGUCAAAACUACGUAAAAAAUUACAAAAAAAAUUAAGUAAACCACAAGAUAUUGUUUAUUACAUUGAUAAAAUUGAUAAAGUCGUCAAUCAAUUUAUAGAAUUGUGUGGAAAAAAUAAAUAUGACGAUGUCUCUCCUUUGCUAUCUCGUUUUUAUCUCGAAGUAAUGUGCCUCGUUGCAUUUGACGUUUCUCUUGAUAGUUUUUCAAGUGAAGAAAUAAAUGAUAAAAAUUCAAUAACAUCAAAAUUAAUCGAAGCAACACAUGAUGGUAGUAAAGUCAUGAUGUCAUUGAACACUGGUUUUCAGCUAUGGAAAUAUUUUGAUACUCCUCUGUAUAAAAAACUAAAGAAGACACAAAAUAUUAUAAAAGAAUUUGCAGUUGAAAUGAUUGAUAAAAAAUUGAAAGAGAUAAAUGAAAAUCCAGAUUAUAAUAGUGGAUGUUUGAUUGAAAAUUAUUUGAGAGAUGAAAGUUUGGAUAUUCAAGAUAUCAUUGCAAUGGCUUCUGAUACUAUUAUCGCUGGAAUAAAUUCAACGUCAUAUGUCACGACCUACUCACUUUUUCACAUUGCAAAGAAUGAAAAUGUGCAGGAAAAAAUUCAGCAAGAAGCUGAAGCUUUGAUUCCACAGCUGGAUGAUCAUAUGACUGUUGAAAUUCUUAAAAAUGCUAAAUAUACAAAAGCCACUGUUAAGGAAACUUUUCGUCUGAAUCCAAUACAAAGUGGUAUUGAUAAAAUAUUAAAACAUGAUACAAUCAUCAAUGGAUAUUUUGUGCCAGCUGGGACAAAUGUUUUAACACAAAAUCAAGUUAUUUCUCGUCUGGAAAAAUAUUUUACUGAGCCAAAUAAAUUUAAACCAGACAGAUGGUUAAAGGACAAUUCAGACUCGAAUAGUAAAAGUAUAAAUGGAUUUGCAGUUUUACCAUUUAGCCAUGGACCAAGAUCUUGCCUUGCUAAAAGACUCGUCGAGCAAAUAAUGCAUAUUUUUCUACUCAGGUUAACAAGAGCCUACACGUUAAAAUUAAAAAACAAAUUACCAAUUUCUGUGUCACUCAUAACCAACCGGUACCCAUCACCAAUAAGACUCGAAUUUAUUUCCAAUGAAAAUGAAAAAUAAUUUUAAAAAACACUUGUUACUUUUUUUUUUUUACUUUAUUUUAAAAGUUUUUAAUAAUAUUUCUCAAAUUGAUUAAUA